GAGCUACCAAGUAUUUCUUCCUCUUCACGUAAUAGUAUAAGCCAAUUCCAAUUAGUAUUUUCAUCAUUUCUUCAAUUUACUUGUAGCGCUUUGCCAGUUUGAUCGAUUUUGUGGAAGAUGGAGAAUGCUUCGGUCGAUGUUAACCAGCCCCACUCCAUGGGCACCACCAUAAUCGGUGUUACUUACAAUGGCGGCGUUGUACUUGCUGCUGACUCUCGCACCAGCACCGGAAUGUAUGUUGCGAAUAGGGCUUCUGAUAAGAUCACUCAGCUCACUGAUAAUGUCUACGUUUGCCGCUCUGGAUCAGCAGCAGACUCCCAAAUUGUUUCAGACUAUGUUCGCUACUUCCUGCACCAACACACGAUACAGCUGGGCCAGCCAGCUACUGUCAAGGUUGCUGCGAACCUUGCAAGGUUAUUAUCCUACAACAACAAGGAUAGGCUCCAAACAGGACUGAUUGUUGGUGGUUGGGACAAAUAUGAAGGAGGAAAGAUCUAUGGAAUCCCUCUUGGAGGCACAGUCUUGGAACAACCUUUUGCUAUUGGAGGAUCAGGCUCUACUUAUUUGUAUGGUUUCUUUGACCAAGCAUGGAAAGAGGGAAUGACUCAAGAAGAAGCUGAGAAACUGGUGGUCACUGCAGUAUCUCUUGCCAUUGCACGAGAUGGUGCUAGCGGUGGAGUUGUUCGGACUGUAACUAUUAACAAAGAUGGAGCUACAAGAAAGUUUUAUCCAUGCGAUUCCCUUCAACUUUGGCAUGAAGAACUAGAGCCGGUGAACUCCCUGCUGGAUGUUAUGUCUGCAUCAAGUCCUGUUCCAAUGGUCAGUUGAAACUGCUGCUGCUAUACACGUACUCUUAUCGCGUGUUCUGGAUCAUUUCUUUUUUUUCCCUU